CGUUGAUUGCCUGCCCAUUCGCCCGCCGUUAUCUGCCCUUGCGGUUCUGCCAAAGCCCAUUCUCUCGCAUCCAUCGCCAUGUCGGAUUUGCUGCACGACCACCGAUUCGUCUUUACCGCCGGUCUCCUGGUGGGCCUCUGCGGAACGGCCUUGGUGCAAUGGUCGGUCGCAAAGCACAUCACCACCGUGCGCCUCACUCCCCGGCAGCUCCUCUCGGGAGGAUUCGAUGAGUCCGCCUCCCUUCGUGCCGUCGGAAGCCCCACGCGCCUGGAGUUUGACGAUCGAUCCGAGGUCGAGAUCCGCACCCUCGAACGCCUCGAGGCGGCGUUCACGAUUCCCUCCAGCAAGUUGCCCAAGAUCGUCCGGCAUUUCGUCAGCGAAAUGAAGGCGGGCCUUACUCUCCACGGACAGGACCUGAAGAUGCUGCCCUCACACAUUGCAAAGCGCCCAUCCGGCAAAGAAAGCGGCGUCUACUUUGGAGCCGAUCUCGGCGGCAGCGGCUUCAGAGUCUGCCGGGUUGAUCUGGCCGGCGACGCGACCACCCCGCCCCGCAUCAUCCAGAAGAAGUACAUCGUUUCCGAGGAGAUCAAGAAAAGCAACGGCACCGCCCUGUUCGACCACCUGGCCGACUGCGUCUUCAACUUUUUCGAGGAAAACUCAAUCAAGGACCUUGGUGAUAUGAAGAUGGGCUUCACCUUUUCGUUCCCGACGCAGCAGACCUCGACUGAUCGAGGACGCCUCAUCCAUUGGACCAAGGGCUUCACCGCCAGCAACGUCGAAGGCGAGGAUGUCGUGGAGCUCUUCCAGGCCGCUCUCCACAGAAAGGGGCUGAACGUCCGGAUCACCGCCCUGGUCAACGACUGCGUCGCCCUCUUUGUUGCUCAAGCGCGCAUCGAUCCCCGAACUUGCGUCAGCAUCAUCCUUGGCACCGGCUCCAACGCUGCCUAUGUCGAGCAGGUCUCCGAGAUCAGCAAGCUCGAGGGCCCCGGUACCGAAGGGUCGUCCAACAUGCUCAUCAACAUGGAGUGGGGCAACUUUGACAACGAAGGACACGUCCUUCCCUUGACCGACUAUGACCACAUACUCGACCGACAGUCGGAUCAUCCCAAGCGACAAAUCUUUGAAAAGAUGAUCUCAGGCCUCUACUUGGGCGAGCUCGUGCGUCUGGUCAUCGUCGACCUCACCCUGAGCGGCGAGCUGUUCCACGACGGCAUUACGGAGCAGAUGAAGCGCCCCUACAGCUUUACAUCGUCGAACAUGCCCCGAAUCGAGCGCGACUACUCGGCCGAUUUGGCCGAUACCAAGGCCGUGAUCGAAGAGUACCUCGGCUACAACUCCAGCACCAUGCAGGACCGUCGCAUCGUCAAGCGCAUCUGCGAGCUUAUUGGUGUCCGUGCCGCGCGCUUGGCUGCUGCCGGCGUUGCCGGAGUGAUCACCAAGAUCAACCGCCUGGACGAGUGCACCGUUGCCAUCGAUGGCUCUCUGUACACGGGUUACCACCCCCACUUUGGCAACCGCAUGAAGGACACCCUCCGCGAGCUCAUCGGCAUCUCAGCCGAUUUCAUCAAUCUGGAGCACUUGCGCGACGGCUCUGUCCAGGGGUCGGCUCUGGUUGCUGCCAUGAUCGGCCAGAAUUAGACUCGGCGCACAUCGAGCCAUCCACGGCAUGGUCUUACUCGAUCCGCCGGCCCAUUUGGCGUGCCGAUCACAUCAAACCUGCAUAAACGAGUCAUAGCUUGGAACCCUGGGUGGUGGAUAAAUCGAUUGGCCCGUCUGGUCACCAGCAUGCCGUCCGCCUUGGGUACUGGCAUCGAGUUCCGGCCAGCGCAAUAUACACAACCCCCCUGGUCCGGAACCACAAGGCAGCGGGCAUCACGUG